AAUACAACGGAACAACCCUCCAAACAAGCUGUAAAUACGUAAAAUCUCUAAUUCCGCCUUCCAAAAAUCUGUCACCCGAAAACCGUCCGAAGACACGUUCCCUAGGGCUGGGGGCCGGGUCUGGCGGGAGAAUGUCGGAAACUUCCUUAAAUGAAAUCUCCGGUGACCGGUCGGCAGAUUUUCCGGCUUCAGUCACCGAAAUCACCGGAAAUGCUGAUCUACUGACAGAGAUUCUCCUCCGGAUACCCCCAAAAUCCCUUCUCCGAUCCCAAACCGUCUGUAAAUACUGGUAUUCCCUUAUUUCAAGCCAAAGUUUCCGGCGACUUCAGUGCCGGAGAAAACACAGUUCCAGAAAAGUUGACGGACUCUGUUUCUGCUGGUGGGUUUAUGGAAAUGACCAUUUGGAGUUCAUCCCUUUCAAUGGUAUGCCUAAAAAACAAAUGAGUAUGAUUCCUUUAGCAUUCAAGAAUCUUGCCACGUGUACAACUUCAAAGCUUCAAUCUUUACAUUCUUGUAAUGGGUUGUUCUGUAUUAACUUCAACUUGGGUGUUGCAAAUCAGGUGUACUAUGUUUAUAAUCCCAGUACAAAUCAGCAUAGGUUGAUUCCACUUCCAGAUAUGAGAAAAAAUAACACUUUUGAGGUUAUGGUAAUGAAUAUGGCUUUUGAUCCUAUGGUUUCUGAUACUUAUAGAAUUGUAUGUGUGAUGAAAUCAAAUGGGGUUUAUGAAUUUUCUGUAUACUCAUCAGAAUCUGGAGUUUGGGAAGAUUCUAAGGAGAUAUUGGAUAUAAAGCAAUACUCUUUAGCUCGGGGUGUGUUCAUGAAUGGCUGUAUGCAUUGGGUUAGUGAAGGUGGGUCCUUUCUAAGGUUCGAUUUGGAUUCUUUGUGCUUCAAAACUAUGCCUAGCACUGUAAUUCCUAAUGGCUUGUUGAAAAGGAAUAUAAGGUAUUUUGGGCAGUCCGGUGGACAUUUGCAUCUUAUUGAGGUACAAGGUUUUAGUUCAAUGAGUUUUGAGGUUCUCGAGUUGGAGAGUGAUUAUUCGAGGUGGUUUGUGAAGUAUCGUGUUGAUCUUAGUGCUCUGCAUACUGCAUAUCCACUGAUGUUGAGUGAAGAACUUGCUUUACUAGAUGUGAAUCGUCGAACGUGCAAUAUUGUAUCUGUUAUUGUCGAUGACAAGGAACAGACAUCAAGAUUUUUGGUAAGCAUGCCAGAAGUUAUUAUUGAAUAUGAUGCUCGUCGUAUGACUAUCAAGGAGGUUGCUGAUUUAGGGACAGCGAAGAUCCCGGUCAUGUGGGAAGAUGUUUCCGUGUUUGAAUGGUAUGACACCCACCAAUAUGUUGAGACAAUGGCUUGUGUCUGAUACUGGUAUGGCUUCUUGUAUGUAAGUUUACUUAAAGAAAAGAGCUGGUGAUAGAUGGACCUCAUUCAUGUAUGCCAAAUGAUGUGGUCACUGAUCAUUGAAGACGCCUGCGUAUGAUGUUUGUGGUCUAUUUUGCUGCAAACAAAUCUUGUUUUUUUUCUGCUUAAUGGCCUCAUUGCAUGGCACAUCAGAGAAUAGUAUCUGUUGCAAUCUUAAGUUUUCUUUCGCGAAGAUCAAAAUUUGAAAGCUGUGGUUGCUCUCUUCAUUUGUAAAGUACCUAUGUUUGAUAAACUACUAGUUCCUUGCUGAUGCAGUUGAAGUGUAAAUGAGUUCAACUACAUUUACAACCUUUGAUCAUGUAACAGAGUUGCACAUUUACUUGAGAAGUAAAAACUUGAUUACGGUGUCAUGAAGUGGUAGUUAGGGUGAGAGCCAUGGUUUGCCCUAUGUUAGAUUUUCUAGAGGAGUUUGGCAGAGAUGAUGACAUUGGUAAUCUAUUGUCUUCUUCUUCUUUUUUC